AUGGCUUCGUUUCCCGAGUCCGACUUCCAGAUCUGCCCGCUGUGCAAGGAGAUGUGCGGCUCGCCGGCUCCCCUCUCGUCCAACUCCUCCACCUCCUCGUCCUCCUCGCAGACCUCCAGUUCCUCCGGGGGCGGCGGCGGCUCCUCCUGCGGGGGCCCGCCGCGGCGGCUCCACGUCCUGCCCUGCCUGCACGCCUUCUGCCGCCAGUGCCUGGAGGCGCAGCGGCACCCCGGCGCGGGGGACGCGCUCAAGCUGCGCUGCCCCAUCUGCGACCAGAAGGUGGUGAUCUCGGAGCCCUCGGGCAUGGACGCGCUGCCCUCCUCCAACUUCCUCCUCAGCAACCUGCUGGACGUCGUCGUCGUGGCGGCCGCCGCCGACGAGCAGAAGAACGGCCGCGCCGCCGGGACCGGCCCCGCCGCGGGCUCGGGCGGCGGCGGCGGCAACAACCGGCACCACGGCCGCCCGCCGCCGGGGCCGCCCCGCGCCGCCGGCUCCUCGCCCGCCGCCGCCGCCUCGGCCGCGUCCUCCUCGACGUCGUCGUCGUCCUCCUCCUCGGGCGGCGGCGGCUCGGCGGCGCUCCUGCUGCGGCGGCCCCACAGCCGGCAGGGCGAGCCCCGCUGCAGCUCCUGCGACGAGGGCAACGCCGCCAGCUCCCGCUGCCUCGACUGCCAGGAGCACCUGUGCGACAACUGCGUGCGGGCGCACCAGCGCGUCCGCCUCACCAAGGACCACUUCAUCGAGCGCUUCGCCGCCGGCCCCGCCGCCGCCGGCCCCGCCGCGCCGCUCGCCCUCAGCCCGCCCUACCCCGCCUCGCCGUACAACAUCCUCUCUGUCUUCCCCGACCGGGCCAGCUACUGCCAGCACCACGACGACGAGGUACUGCAUUUCUACUGUGAUACCUGUUCUGUCCCCAUAUGUCGGGAAUGUACCAUGGGACGACAUGUGGGUCACAGCUUUAUCUACCUCCAAGACGCCCUACAGGACUCCAGGACUCUCACCAUUCAGCUCCUGGCAGAUGCUCAGCAAGGACGACAGGCUAUUCAACUGAGUAUUGAGCAGGCCCAGGCUGUGGCAGAGCAAGUCGAGAUGAAAGCGAAGGUGGUACAGUCUGAAGUCAAGGUAGUGACCACUAGACACAAGAAGGCCUUGGAAGAGCGAGAGUGUGAGCUGCUCUGGAAGGUGGAAAAGAUUCGCCAAGUCAAGGCCAAGUCCCUCUACCUGCAAGUUGAAAAGUUACGUCAGAACCUGAACAAGCUGGAUAACACCAUUAGUGCUGUUCAGCAGGUCCUGGAGGAGGGUCGCACCAUGGACAUUCUCCUGGCUCGGGACCGCAUGCUGGCUCAGGUGCAGGAGCUGAAGAACGUCAGAGGCCUUCUCCAGCCACAGGAGGACGACAGGAUCAUGUUCACCCCCCCUGACCAGGCAUUGUAUAUGGCCAUCAAAUCCAUGGGCUUUGUCAGCAGCGGGGCCUUCGCUCCCCUGACCAAAGCCACGGGGGAAGGUCUCAAGCGCGCUCUGCAGGGCAAGGUGGCCUCGUUCACCGUGAUCGGCUACGACCACGACGGGGAGCCUCGCCUCUCGGGGGGCGACAUGAUCUCUGCCGUGGUCAUGGGCCCCGAUGGAAACCUGUUCGGGGCCGACGUCAGCGAUCAGCAGAACGGGACCUACCUGGUCAGCUACCGUCCCCAGCUGGAGGGAGAGCACCUGGUGUCGGUGAUGAUGUGCAACCAACACAUCGAGAACAGCCCCUUCAAAGUGAUGGUGAAGUCCGGGCGCAGCUACAUCGGCAUCGGGCUGCCGGGGCUGUCCUUCGGCAGCGAGGGAGACAGCGACGGCAAGCUCUGCCGCCCCUGGGGGGUCAGCGUCGACAAGGAGGGCUUCAUCAUCGUCGCCGACCGCAGCAACAACCGCAUCCAGGUGUUCAAGCCGUGCGGGACCUUCCAUCACAAGUUUGGCACGCUGGGCUCCCGGCCGGGCCAGUUCGAUCGCCCCGCCGGCGUGGCCUGCGACGUUUCGCGCAGGAUCGUCGUGGCCGACAAGGACAAUCAUCGCAUCCAGAUCUUCACGUUCGAGGGGCAGUUCAUUCUGAAGUUCGGGGAGAAAGGAACGAAGAACGGGCAGUUCAAUUACCCGUGGGACGUGGCCGUCAACGGGGAGGGCAAGAUCCUGGUCUCUGACACGAGGAACCACCGCGUGCAGCUGUUCGGGCCCGACGGCGCGUUCCUCAACAAGUACGGCUUCGAAGGGGUACUCUGGAAGCACUUUGAUUCCCCCAGAGGCGUGACGUUCAAUCACGAGGGCCACUUGGUAGUGACGGACUUCAACAACCAUCGCCUCUUGGUCAUCCACCCGGACUGCCAGUCGGCGCGCUUCCUGGGCUCCGAGGGCACCGGCAACGGGCAGUUCCUGCGCCCGCAGGGUGUGGCGGUGGAUCAGGAAGGGCGCAUCAUCGUGGCCGACUCCAGGAACCACCGGGUGCAGAUAUUCGAGUCCAAUGGUAGCUUUUUAUGCAAGUUUGGCACUCAGGGAAGCGGCUUUGGUCAGAUGGACCGUCCUUCAGGUAUAGCUGUCACCCCUGAUGGCAUGAUUGUGGUGGUCGACUUUGGAAACAAUCGAAUUCUCGUCUUCUAA